UGCAGUUAAAACCUUAAAGCUGCUGCUUCCAUUUUUAUUUAGUGUUCAUAGAGUUGGUAUGAGAGCUGUCUGUGAUGAUGUCAGUCCAAAUAACCUCUGCCAUUCCUCUUGUUUUUCUUAUAAUAUCUGGGUUUGUUGUAGAGGGUGGGUGGAAUGUGAAUUACAGCCCCAAAUCUAUCUGUGCCCUAAAUGUAUCUACAGUGACCAUGGGCUGUACUUACACGUACCCAUCUGGUUAUGUAAUUGUUAAAACAUUGUGGAGUACAGAGCUGGUUGAAGGUAAUCAAGAGCCUUCUGACAUAUCUUUAGACGCCGAGUACAGAGACAGGGUUGAGUACCUCGGAGAUAAACAGUCCAACUGCACCCUCAUACUGAGAGAUGUGACAGAACAGGACCAAAGGAAAUACUACUUCAGGUUUAUAACAAAUACUGCUACAGGAAAAUGGCAAGGUCAAGAUGGAGUUCAGCUUUUUGUCACAGACCUCCAGGUGGAGACUCCUGAGGAAGUGGUGGAGGGAGAUGACGUCACUCUCACGUGUAAAACCACAUGCAAUCUGACUGGUCCAUCGUACAUCUGGUACAAAAAUGGGGUCAGUUUAUCCUCCACCACCAAGGCCCUGAACCUGAAGACAGUCAGCAGUGAGCAUGCAGGCAGUUACAGCUGUGCUGUACUGGGACAAAGCCAUUCAUCUUCCGCUGUUAUUCUUGAUGUCAGGUAUGCUCCAAAAAGAGCAUCAGUGUCCAUCACUCCCUCUGGUGAAAUAGUGGAAGGUAGUUCAGUGACUCUGACCUGCAGCAGUGAUGCCAACCCACCUGUGCAGAGCUACAACUGGUAUAAGGAGAAAACAUUAUUAGGAAAAGAAAACACAUACAUUAUUCCUAAUAUCAGCUCUGAGGACAGUGGGGAAUACAAGUGCAAGUCCACUAAUCAACAUGGAUCAAAAUACUCAUCUGUAAUACUGAAUGUUAUGUAUCCUCCAAAGAAUGUAUCAGCCAACCCACCUGUGCAGAACUACACCUGGUUUAAAGAAGGAGGAACCUCACCUGUAGGAUCUGGACAGACUUACAGCUUCACCAUCAGCUCCAGUAGCAGUGGUUGGUACUACUGUGUGGCUCAGAACAAAUAUGGUUCUCACAGUUCUGCACUCUCAGUCAUUUUAAAGGCAAGAGUCUCCAUGAUUUUUUAUAUAGUUGUUGGAGUCUGUCUAACUGUGGUUGUAGUCCUACUCAGUGGAGUUUUCUGGACAAGGAGAAAACUAAGAGAUGAUUUGCCUGAAGAACCUAUGUUAAAACAGGAAAACAUCUAUAGCAAUGUAACAGCAAGAGCUACAAGCAGUGAUCCAGCCUCCAACCUGGAUAUGACCAAUCAGGAUGUUCAAUAUGCCAGUGUUGUGCCUCAGCAACAUACUUAUCCCAGGAAAGCUGAAGGUCCUGUGGUGAAAGCUGCUGUCUCUGGGCCAGUUGAGGAGUCUGAGUAUGCUACUGCCCAACACCAACAUCAUCAGUUUAUAGAGAAGGACUGCAUUCAGUAUGCCAGUGUGAAAUUUACCUGCAAUGGUCCAGCCAGCAGGUGUGUUGGUCUCUCACUUGAGGAUUCCUUAGUGAUCUACAGCAGUGUGAAAUGAACAAUAUACACACAUGUUUUUAGGACCAGUAUUAUCAGCAGUUGAGAGAGCUGUCAUCUUUAUUAGACACCUUAAUGAAAUGAGAAGACAAAUCACCAGAUGGAACUACCAAAUUACAUUUUAACUUGAUAUAAUCUAAGACAGUAUUUCAGUACACACAUACACACACACACACACACACAC